GUAACUAAGGGGCGGGGCGAGACGCCGUGACAUCGCGAGAACACUCCGCGGGAUCCCGCAGCGCUCCUGUAUCUCAGCCUGAAGAGCUCCGAGACCAGAAUCCAGACUCAGUCCAGGACAACACGGUCCACCAGUCACAGCGGAGACCUGCAGGACGAUGGAGAACCAGAACCCGGACCACAGGAGCCAAACAGCAGCCUCGUGCUCUGAUAGCACCGAUGUUCAGAAACAGAGAGGAAGUGAGAAAUCCAUACAUCACCGCUGUCAGCAGUGUGGCGAGUCCUUCACAAGAUCUGGACAUUUAAAGAUUCAUCAGAGACUUCACACUGGAGAGAAACCGUACAGCUGUGACCUGUGUGAGAAAACGUUCACUACAUUAGGUGUCCUAAAACGGCACGUACGUGUUCACACUGGAGAGAAACCGUACAGCUGUGACCUGUGUGGGAAAGCGUUCACUACAUUAGAUGUACUAAAACGGCACGUACGUUUUCACACUGGAGAGAAACCGUACAGCUGUGAGCACUGUGGGAAAGCCUUCAAUCAAAAAGGUCACCUAAUAACCCAUACACGCGUUCACAAUGGAGAAAAACCGUACUGGUGUGAACAAUGUGGGAAAAUGUUUUCCCAGGGUAGUAACCUUAAAAGCCACCAACUUGUUCACACUGGAGAGAAACCGUACAGCUGUGACCAGUGUGGGAAAGCUUUCACUAGACUAUGUUACCUAGAAGUCCACAGACAUUGUCACACUGGGAGGAAACCAUAUAGCUGUGUCCAAUGUGGGAAAACGUCUACUAGCAAUCAGUUUCUCAAAAGACAUGAAUGCAUUCACACUGCAUCAAAACGGAGAGGAGAGGGACUCAAACGUCACCGCUGUCAGCACUGUGACAAAUCCUUCACAACAUCUGGAUAUUUAAAGAUUCAUCAGAGGCUUCACACUGGAGAGAAACCGCACAGGUGUGACCAGUGUGGGAAAGCUUUCACUGCAUCAUGGAACCUAGGAAGACACAGACGUAUUCACACUGGAGAGAAACCAUACAGCUGCGACCAAUGUGGGAAAGCUUUUGCUAUAUCAGGUGAUCUAGUAAAUCACAGACGUCUUCACACUGGUGAGAAACCACACCGGUGUGACCAAUGUGGGAAAGCUUACGCUACAUUACGUGACUUAAAAAGGCACCGUCGUGUUCACACUGGAGAAAAACCAUACUCGUGUGGAGAAUGUGGGAAAACUUUCAGUACAUCAAGUAACCUAAAUGUCCAUCGACGUGGUCACACUGGGGAGAAACCAUACUGGUGUGACCAGUGUGGGAAAGCUUUCGCUACAUCAGUUGAAUUAAAGAGGCACCAUCGUUUUCACACUGGGGAGAAACCGUACUGGUGUGACCUAUGUGGGAAAGCUUUCACUAUAUCAAGUGAUCUAGUAAAUCACAGACGUGUUCACACUGGGGAGAAGCCGUACUGGUGUGACCAAUGUGGGAAAGCUUUCACUAGAUCAAGAGAGCUAAAAUGCCAUCAACGUGUUCACACAGGGGAGAAGCCGUACUCGUGUGACCAAUGUGGGAAAACUUUUUCUCAGUGUCGUCAGCUUAAAUCCCACCAACGCAUUCACACUGCUUCAUUUUGAACAUUUUAAAUGAUAAAUUGUAUUUAUAAAAAUAACCUUAAAAGAGAACAAGGGUUUCUCUGAGGAGGAGGAGGCUAAAAGGAGCAAAUAUUGGCACACUGGCAUUGUGACUCUGGCUAAAUCUACAUCUGUCCACUGCAGAGACUCCAUCUGCAACCUGGAGAGUAUUAGUAUAAUAUUAUAACAUUAAGUAGGAGUAUAAUGUUCAGUUAAUAGUAUACCGUUAGUGUAAUAAUAUAUUAAUUACUAUAUAUAUAUGUAUAAUAGUAUGAUAUUUUACCACUAGUUGAUUAUUAAAUCCAGUUAUAGCUGUUUCAUUUCUGUGGGUUGUUUUAUUCAUUCAAUCCUUGUGCAGGAAAGGAGCUCUACAUUGGUCGGAAAUUUGUAAAUGCUAAGUACUAACUUGUUAAUAAUCAUGUCAAACAUUUGAAAGUUUACUGUAGCUGUGAUUGGUCAGUUGACAAAAGUGACACUAGCCAUGUUUCCAUCUUGGAGUCCCCUUAGGGUUAGAGUCCCUAAGUAACUUGUUGACAGGGUCCCGCUGUCAAACGCUUUUACCAGAGUUUGUAGCGUAGACAAUCUGGAUAGAGACAACUGUAUCUAAGGAAUAAUGGGUAGAGUGGGAGAUGGGAAAUCAAAGGAGUAAAAUAAGCAAAGGUGAGAGA